AUGCUUUAUAAAUCCUCCCAAUGUACAAAUAUCAAAAAUGACAGAACAGAAAACAGCAUCAAGUAUGGACUUGGAAAUUAUAAGAAUUGUUCCUCUAUUCAAUUGUCAACUCUAUACAGUCAUAAAAAUGGGAAUGCUGAAGAACUUUACAAACAUAAAGGCUGUCAGAAAUGUUUAAAUUUGUAUUCCAUUAUUAGUCAAAAUGAAAUAAUACAGACUAGAAGAAAGGAAAAUAAAAAUACAGGACGUGAAAAAGUAUCUGAUAUUAAAAAUAAAUCCAUGCUGAAACAAAUCCAUAGUGGAAAAAUAACAUACCAGUGCCGGAAAUGUGGGAAAUGCUUCCAGACCUACUUGACAUUCAGGAUUCACCAGGUAAUUCAUUAUGGAGAGAAUCCACACAAAUAUACAGCAGCUAGUAAGUGUUUUGAUCAGUUGGAUAAAGUUAAAGACCAUAACAUAACCCUCAGUGGAAAGAGACUUUACAAAUUUAGUGAUUAUAAGAAAUCUUUUACCAGAGGCUCAUGUCUUAGACGUCAUCAGAGAAUUCAUAUAGGAAAGAAACCUUACAAAUGCAGCAAAUUUGGUGAAUGCUUUAGCUAUCCCACAAACCUAAAAAGCAAUCAGAAAAUGCAUAUAGGAGAGAACUCUUACAAAUGUAGGAAAUGUGAGAAAUCCUUUACAUGUGGAUCAAAUCUCAAAAGAAAUCAGAGAAUCCGUACAACAGAGAAACCUCAUAAAUGUAAUGAAUGCACAAAAUCAAUUCAUCAGAGAGCUCACACAGAAGAUAGACCUUACAAAUGCAGGGACUGUGAGAAAUCCUUUGCAUGCACCUCAACUUUACAGAAACAUCAGAGAAGCCAUACAAAAGAGAAGCCUUACAAAUGUGAUAAAUGUGAGAAAAAUUUUGAGUAUAGCUCAAAUCUUAGAAUUCAUCAGAGAGUUCAUACAGGAGAGAAAGCUUACAAAUGCAGGGACUGUGAGAAAUCCUUUGCAUAUGCUUCAGUUUUACAGAAAGAUCAGAGAAUUCAUACAGGAAAGAAGCCUUACAAAUGUGAUAAAUGUGAGAAAUCCUUUAGAGAUCGCUCAAAUCUUAAAAGAUACCAGACAAUUCAUUCAGGAGAGAAACCUUAUAAAUGUGAUGAAUGUGCAAAGUCCUUUACACGUACCUCAAAUCUAGGAGCACAUCAGAGAACUCAUACAGGACAGAAACCUUACAGAUGUCGUGAAUGUGAAAAAUCAUUUAAGUAUAGUUCAACCCUUAGAUAUCAUCAGAAAAUUCAUACAGGACAAAAACCUCAUAAAUGUAUGGAAUGUGGGAAAUCCUUUGCACGUAUUUCAGAUCUUAGAAUACGUCAGCGAAUUCACACAGGAGAGAAACCUUACAAAUGUAGAGAAUGUGAGAGAUCCUUUAGGAAUAGCUCACAUUUUAACAAACAUCAGCGAAAUCAUACAAGAAAAAAAUCUUAG